AGACAGUCUAAACUCGACGAUUCAAAAAUAGCAUUUUUCGUGUUAGAAAUGCUGCAUUAUUUAUAACUAUAUACUGUAUAUACUCGUUCAAAAGGUACAAUUAAAUACAAACAUCAUCAGAAUUUUUAUCUUUCAACAAUAUGCGGAUUCAAUCCAUUUUAACCCACAGCGAAAUUCUUUUGAUCACGUUCUCAACUCUAAUAUUGCAAACAACAGGAAUUUGGUCACCAUGGAGCGAUUGGUCGGCGUGCUCUGUAUCAUGUGGCAAAGGUGAACAAUCGAGAUUCCGCAUCAGUAGUGUCGAUAGUUCUGUAAUGCCGAAAAUUAUGCCGAGAGAAUGUGGAAAACCGUGCGAUGAUGGAAAAAGUGAAAUACAACAAGUUAUUUGGUCACCUUGGAGCGAUUGGUCGUUAUGUUCGGUAUCAUGUGGCAAAGGUGAACAAACGAGAGUUCGCAUCUGUCUUGACAAUAGUUGUGAAGUGCCUGAAAGGCAGCAGAGAGAAUGUGGGAACCCAUGCGAUGCUGAGAAAAGUGAAAUACAACAAGGAGCUUGGUCACCGUGGGGCGAUUGGUCGGCAUGUUCGGUAUCAUGUGGAAAAGGUGAACAAACGAGAAUCCGCGUUAAUAGUGUUAAUAGUGUCGAUAGUUCUACAUUGCUGAAAAUUAUGCCGAGAGAAUGCGGAAAACCAUGCGAUGAUGGAAAAGGUGAAAUAGAACUAGUAAAUCGGUCACCUUGGAGCGAUUGGACCGUAUGCUCGGUGUCGUGUGGCAAAGGUGAACAAAUGAGAGUUCGUAUCUGUCUUGACAAUAGUUGUGAGGUGCCUGAAAGGCAGCAUAGAGAAUGUGGAAAACCAUGCAAUGAUAGAAAAAGGGAAAUACAACACGGCUUAGGAGCUUGGUCACCAUGGAGCGAUUGGUCGGCGUGUUCGGUAUCCUGUGGAAAAGGUGAACAAACGAGAAUCCGCGUCAAUAGUGUUAAUAGUUUUACAAUGCUGAAAAUUAUGCCGAGAGAAUGCGGAAAACCAUGCGAUGAUGGAAAAAGUGAAAUAGGAUCUACAGUUCUGAAGAGGUUCGAUCUAUCAAUGUUUGGUCUUACAUCUUGAUGACAAUUGGAAUAUUAUUGAUAUGUAUAGGUGGAACUCUAAUAUUUAUUGGAUAUUAUUAUGAUAUCAUUGGAUCAACUUUACCAGGAGUGGUUUUGUUUUUGUGGGCAAUAUUCGGUACUCCUGAAGUAUGCGCACCAAGAUGUUACACGAAUAUAUUACAGACCAAAUAAGGAGACAAAUCAUAGUUUAUAGUGUUUUUUAAUGAGAUGAAUGAGCUUGGUGUUCUUCAGCGAGUUUUUUAUUAUAUCUAAAUUACCCCGUUUACUGAAAAGCGAUUUAGUUGUUUUGAUAGCAAUAGCAGCACGGCUAAAAACAUCUCUUUCACUAUAUAAGAGGUCGGAAAUGAAAGAAUCCAGGAUUCUACCUUCUCAAAGACCGUGUACUCUUGUCCUAUAGCAGGGGUGGGCAACCUUAUUCGGCUCGCGUGCCAAAAUCGGGUAAAUUUAACGAUAAAAUUCUUUCGCGUGCCGACCAAAAUUAAAAACAACUAUUUGCUAAUUUCAAAGCGAAAAUAAACCUUAAACACGUACAGACAUCUUCACUAUUCAGAAAAAUAUCAAUCCGGCAAUUAGAUUUGCUUACUUUUCUUAUUCUAUAUCAGUCAGACUUCCGCUGCUGCAUUACCGCUGAUAGAGAUUUUACAUUGGGUUUAUGUUUUGUAACUUUAAAUAAAAUACCUGAACUCUUUUCAGGCUACUCCUGUUAGAAGACCUAAUUAAGUACAUAACUGAGAACACAGAUUCACAAGCAUAUGUAGAUGAAAACAUGGAGAGUAAUGCAGUUGUAAAAAUUUCAAGACACGAAAUUUUUCGGGAAUGUCAUCCCAAUCACGAAAUAGUCCGUUUUCUGCACUUCUCUUCUGCAUUUCCUUCCCUAAUCGCCUAUAUUUCUUUCGGAAUCAAGUUAUAACUGUAAGUUAGCAAGUAAUACUAACCAAAAUGAUCUGUACAACUUCAUAAACCAAACAGAAGUGAAGAAAAGGGCAGCACAGUCUGACUAUAUUUCUAUAUUAAGUAAGAAUGUAGCCAAAUGAAUGCUGCGCUCUUCCCGACAAAAUUUCUAGAGAGUCUACUCAUUUGUUGCGUCAUAAUGUGUUUUUUGUAAUCAUAUGUCAUGAAAGUACAAAAAGAGUAUAUAAUAAAUAACGGAUUGUUAACAAACGAUAAGGAGUAAACGUACACCUAUUUUCAACAGAUAAUUGAAGAGUCUUGAAACUUUUUAUCUGAACGUGAAUGAUCUCGUUUGCGAGGCCUCGCUCGCGUGCCGAAUAAAUGGGCUCGCGUGCCAAGUUUGGCCCGCGUGUCAGGGGUUGCCAACCCCUGUCCUAUAGCAUUUAUCUCCCUAAAUUCACCCCAUUUCACAUUAAAAUAAUAAAAAAAAAAUGAAUUUUCAAAAACUUAUGAUAAUGAUUUUCGUACAUCUCAUUGAUCCCUACAGCCUGAUGACCUUCACCAAAACACAUGAUAUAUAACAAUCUUUGGUAGAAAAUCUUACCCGAUUCCUUUUCCUACCAUGUCCUCCAGUCCAUAGAAUCAAUCAACCAUUUGUUUUGGAUUCGUGGACUCGGAUGGCCCAGAGAUCCGCAAAUUUUACGUCGCCCUUGGGACAAAAUUUAGGGUUGCUAUUCUUUUGCGGAUCGCAUAUAUUUUUUGAAAGUUAAUAACGGAACAUCGUGCGAAAGCUGCGACAAUUCG